AUGCCUUCGGAGACUCUAUGUCAUGAUUCUCAUGCCCCGGGGCAUUCUGGUCCUGAAGCCCUAGCCAUCGUAGGAAUGGCCAUGCGUCUUCCUGGUGGUAUCAACACCGUCGAGGAUUUCUGGGACUUUCUCAUCAACAAGAAAGACGGCCACUGCACUGUACCUGGGUCACGAUACAAUGUCGAAGCCUUCUAUCACCCCGCAAGGGCAGGCUCGGUGCGGACUCAGAGCGGCUACUUUCUUCAGGAGGAUCCAGCGUACUUCGAUAAUCAAUUCUUCUCGUUGACACCGUACGAAGCAUCGCGAUUGGAUCCUCAGCAACGGCUGCUGCUCGAGGUUGUUUAUGAAUGCAUGGACACCGGUGGACAGGUAGGCUGGCGGGGCCAGGGCAGGAAUAUCGGCUGCUUUGUGGGCGUGUUUGGGGAGGACUGGUAUGAUUUGCAGUCUAAGGACACGCAAAGGAUUGACCGGUAUCAUGUUCUGGGAACGGGCAACUUUGCGCUUUCCAACCGGAUCUCGUAUGAGUUUGACUUCACAGGGCCGAGUAUGACCUUGGCAACAGGAUGUUCGGCGUCUAUGGUCGGGCUGCAUGAGGCAUGCCAGGCCGUGCUCGCUGGAGACUGCGAGUCCGCCGUUGUGGCUGGGACUAAUCUCAUUCUCACUCCAACAAUGACCACUACCAUGUCGGACAACCUUGUCCUGUCGCCCACCGGAGUUUGUCGCACAUUCGACGCGGGUGCGGAUGGUUACGGCCGAGGUGAGGGGGUCAACGCAAUCUACAUCAAACACCUCGCAGACGCUGUGCGUGAUGGAGACCCUGUUCGCGCAAUCAUUCGGGCCACCGCAACAAAUUGCGACGGGAGAACUCCAGGGAUUACUACACCUGGAUCCGCUACACAGAUGCAGCUUAUUCGAAAGGCGUACCAGCGCGCGCAGAUUCAAAAUAUUACCAAUACAGGGUUUUUCGAAUGCCAUGGCACGGGCACAGUGGCAGGAGACACUGCGGAGACAUCUGUAGUAGCGGAGUUGUUUCGCGACACUGGCGUACUCAUCGGAUCGGUGAAACCAAACGUGGGGCAUUCGGAGGGAGCAUCAGGAAUCACCAGCAUUAUCAAGACCGUUCUUGCACUUGAAAAACGAACCGUCCCACCAAAUAUCUUUUUCGAGUCGCCAAAUCCCGGGAUUCCCUUUAAGGACUGCAAGUUAAAGGUACCUAUUGAAGCAAUGCCAUGGCCAGAGCAUAAAGAACUCCGAGCAAGUGUGAAUUGUUUCGGUAUCGGAGGUUCCAAUGCCCAUGCAAUUCUGGAACCGGGCAUUGAGAAUGGAACUCCACUUAACCAACUAUCGUCUAACCUCGUUAAGAAGCUGCUUAUUGUCUCUGCGGGCAGUGCGGAAGCUCUCUCGAAAAGAGUGGAUGACCUGGUGAAGUUCAUGCAGAGUGAGAGAAAGACUUUGAAUGACGUCGCCUAUACUCUGGGCUCAAGAAGAGAACGUCUAAAAUACCGGAGCUUUGCGGUCGCCUCUUCAAAUGUCGACGCGAAUUUCCAGGAGCUAGCUGUUGAAGCCUCGGGGUCUCCAGAGGUCACGCUGGUUUUCACGGGGCAAGGUGCGCAGUGGGCCGGCAUGGCUCGCGAGUUGCUGGAAAACUGCGAGGAUUUCAAAAAUGACAUUCAGCUCAUGGACAAACUUUUGCAAUCCGCAGACCCUGCUCCGUCCUGGUCCAUAGCAGAAGCGUUGUUGGCGCCCGAGGCUCAAUCGCAGAUCAAUGAUCCCCAGCUCUCCCAGCCAGUAUGCGUAGCAAUCCAGAUCGCUUUGGCAAACCUUCUGAGGAAAUGGGGCAUCGUAUUCUCUGCCGUGGUGGGACAUUCCAGCGGAGAGAUUGCGGCAGCCUACGCCGCCAGAGCUAUCUCGCUUCGCAGUGCCAUCUUGAUUGCGUAUCAUCGUGGUCGAUUGACUCAGCACGUGGCUGAUGGAUCUAUGGCAGCAGUCGGUCUCUCAAGGGUUGAGGUAAAGCCUUGGUUAGUGGAGGGCGCCGUGAUUGCUUGCGAGAACAGCCCCUCAAGCACAACCAUUGCGGGAGAGACCCUCGCGGUGUCUCAUACUAUAGACGUGAUUCGUGAUGCAUACCCGGAUGCUUUUUGCCGCAUGCUGAGGGUUAACAAAGCAUACCAUUCUCCGAAGAUGCAGUCAAUGGGUGCAGAUUAUACCACAGUAAUCGCACCCGAGAUCGAAAUUUCCAACUGCAUGAUAACCAUGUAUUCAACUGUGACCGGAGAGAAGAUCACUGAUCCAGCUGGGCUGGAUAGUACUUACUGGAGCCGUAAUCUAACCUCGACCGUCGAGUUCAACAAGGCAGUCAGGGGUAUGCUCCAGUCGAAACCGGAUCGAGACCGUGUUUUCAUCGAAGUUGGACCCCAUAGUGUGCUUCAAGGGCCAUUACGCCAAAUCUUUGAGUCGGUGAAGACGAAGGGGCACAACUGGUACAUCCCAACCUUGAUGCGGAGCCAAAGCGCAGAAGAUUCGGUUCUCCGAACAGCCGGAAUGGCUUUUAUCCGAGGAGUUGAUGUCGACCUAUUCAUGAUCAACGGCUCUGGUAGGGUGGUUGACUGUCUUCCGCGGUACCCCUGGCAACACGCCGAACGGCACUGGAGCGAGAGUCGUAUCAGCGAAAAUUGGCGACACCGAAAGUUUCCGCAUCAUGAGCUUCUCGGAUCCAGAGUGCUGGAGACAAGCCCUCUCCAGCCCUCGUGGAGGAACAUGCUUCAGAUUCACAACUGCAUCUGGCUGGGACAUCACAAGCUUUUCAAGGAUACGGUGUUUCCCUGCGCUGGGUAUGUGGCUAUGGUCGGAGAAGCCAUACGACAGCAUUGCCGAUGUGAAGGCUAUGAGAUUCGGAACCUUAUUUUGAAGAAACCACUCUUCCUCCAGGAAACGAGAACCACUGAGAUCCUCACAUCGCUAAGACCUGAACGACUCAGCGAUAUCGCGGACUCAGAGUGGUUUGAGUUUUUAGUUAUUGCCUUGGAUGGCUCCGAAUGGAGCACAUACUGUCAGGGCCAGAUACGUGCAACCAAUCACGCAAAGCUGCCUCAGAUAAGCAAGCAGCCACGCUGGACACGGACAGUUGAGUCAAGAGAUUGGUAUCAGUUCAUGGCCCGGUCAGGGCUGAAUUACGGGAGGAGCUUCCAGCGAAUCAGUGACAUCACCGUCGACCCAGUAGAUUAUCGUGCGAAUGCAACCGUGGUCGAAGACAGUAGCAAUACUGGAGACGCUUACCUGGUGCAUCCGACUGUGAUUGACCAGGGUCUUCAACUUUUAACCGUCGCUAUGGCCAAUGGAAUCCAGAGACGUGCUACCUCACUAGCCAUUCCGGCCUCAAUCGAUCGGAUCUCUGUUACCAGGGCCGAAGGAAACAUCUGGUGUCAAGCGGAUAAAUGCAGUAACGUGUCCUCGACCACCCUCUCUGGAAAUAUCAGCAUGUUAAGCAAGGUAGGACCUGCGCUAGUUAUGACCGGGGCGAACUUUUUCUCUCUCGCAAAUGAUGAGGUAGAUGAAGAAAGCACUAUCCCUCUCUUGUCCCAGAUAGACUGGGCACCAUGCUUGGACCUGAUCUCCCCGACAAACUGGCUUCCUUUCAAUGCCGAAGAGAGGGGCGUGUCACUAGUUGCGGAAAUCACUUGCUUCUACAUCCUCGAAGCAGCGGUGCAGAUCGCAGAUGUGAUUCCUGCGACUGAACAUCUAAAAACAUACCGAUCCUGGUUGAAGAAAGUUCAUGAGCAGGUCUCAAAUGGGACGGCUCAAACUUUCCUUGAAAUUCCAUGGCAGGAAAUGGACAAGGGUGAGCAAUUUGCGCGAGCCGCCGAGAUCCGCGAGCAGCUCACAACUCUCGAACGAGGCGUGGAGAAGGUGGAAGAGGUCUUAAGACUAGUCUCUGAGAAUUUCAGCGGAAUCAUAGAGGGAAGGAUUUCUCCUCUGGAAGUCUUGACCAUAGAUCACCUGCGCAAUUUGUAUGACUUCGGCAGCUCGCUCUCGGACUGGAAGCCCUUUUUGUCGCAGGUCGGUCACUGGAACCCUCGGGUUAGAAUUCUCGAGAUCGGUGCAGGCACAGGGGCCACUUGUGCACAGGUUAUCGAUUCAAUGCGGUCAAAGGAUGGAAAUAGAACGUUCGCCAGUUACACUUUCACUGAUAUAUCGCCGGCCUUCCUUUCGGCUGCAGCGGACCGGUUCAGCCAACACGAGAGUAUCACUUUCCACCUUCUCGAUAUCACUAAAGACCCUCUCCAGCAGGGAUUUAUGUCGGCCUCGUAUGACCUGGUUAUUGCCUCCAAUGUCAUUCAUUCCACACCAUCUCUCUCAGAUGCAUUGGUAAAUGUCCACAAGCUCUUGGCGCCGGGUGGAUUUCUUCUGCUUCAAGAACUAUGUCCUGACAUUCUGUAUACCGAUUUCAUAAUGGGAAUUCUCCCCGACUGGUGGAAUGGAAAAGAAGACGGACGAGCCGAUUCUCCAUAUGUCAAGCCGGAACGAUGGCACACUGAGCUCAUUCAGGCUGGUUUCACUGGUGCGAUGUGUGUCACACCAGAUGGUGUGUAUCCAUUCCAGCAGAAUGCCAAUAUUAUAUCUCGGCGCCCGGCCGACUACUUGCCCGCACAGCAGAUAACACUCCUUUCGACCACCUCUCAAAGCAGCCUUCCAUGGGAUGAAAGCCUAGAGAGAAUAUUGACAAAGCAGGGCUACAGUGUGAAUUGGGCAACCUUAGAGUCACUACCUGUAGACACAGGCUGCAUCAUCUCCCUUCUGGAUCUGUCGGCACCUGCGCUGCAUGACAUGGAUGAGGUGCGAUUUGAGCAGAUGAAACGGCUCUUUUCCCUAAGUUCAAAAUUUCCCAUUAUCUAUCUUACGCGAAGUGUGCAAAUGGCCUGCGAGGACCCCCGGUUUGGUCUCGUCCUAGGGCUUUCUCGCACUCUGCGAAGGGAGAUAGUGGGAAACAUCGUCACUAUCGAGCUUGAUGCUUUGAAUGAUUCAACCUCUCAAGCGGUUGUGGACAUAUACCACCGAACAAGACAGGUGAUUCCGCACGAAAGUCUACGAGACGAUGAAUAUGUGGUUCGGUCUGGACAGGUUUAUAUCAGCCGAGUCAACUGGCGGUCCCUCCGACGACAAAUGGAAGACAAGCCUGAUCCGGAUACACCACGCUGCCUGUCUGUUCGCCGAUAUGGACUUGUUGAUAGUCUAUUCUGGGAAGCCAGUCUGAGCGAUGAGCGUCCGCUGGGGCCCACGGAGCUUGAGUUGGAUGUGCAUUGUGUUGGCCUGAAUUUCCGGGACCUUAUGAUUGCACUUGGUGUUAUGGGAGAGUCAAGUGAAUCUGGGAUCGAAGCCAGUGCUACCGUGCGAAGAGUCGGCGCCAAGGUCACCAGAUUCAAAGCUGGAAACCAGGUGGUGGUCUGUAAUAAAGGUCUCUUUCGGACACGGGCGCGUGUAGAUGAGCAUGACUGCAUUGAGAUCCCUUCAGGGCUGUCGUUGCAGGAUGCUGCGACAAUUCCAGCGGUGUACGCAACCGCCUUUUACUCAUUGGUCACGAUCGGGCAACUGCAGCCGCAUCAGACUGUUCUGAUUCAUUGUGCCACAGGAGGCGUGGGUCUAGCCGCCAUUCAAAUAUGCCAGGAAAUUGGCGCGACUAUAUAUGCCACUGCGGGCUUACCGGAAAAGCGAAGCUAUCUGCAUGCAGAAUAUGGAAUUCCUAUGGAGAAUAUAUUUACCUCUCGAGACGAUUCAUUUUAUCAAGGUGUGAUGAGCAGAACAGGUGGAGCCGGUGUUGAUCUGGUCUUGAAUUCGCUAGCCGGCAGCCUACUUCAUGCGUCCUGGCAGUGCGUCGCCAAGUUUGGAAAAAUGAUUGAGCUGGGAAAGCGAGACUUUCUCGCCCAUGGAAGUUUGAAUAUGGAUCUUUUUAACGGCAACAGGUCAUUUUUUGGAGUCGACAUGUUGAGUAUUAUUGCAGAGCAGCCGGAACUAUCGCAACGCUUGAUGGUACAAUUUGUCGACUGGUACAAGGGUAAUAAGAUUCGACCGAUUCGACCAAUCAAGGUUUUUGAUGCGAGCGAGGUGAUUGAGGCUUUCAAGUACAUGCAGAGCGGAAGGCACAUGGGCAAGAUCGUGAUUCAGAUGCCUAAUGGCGGGGAGCAAUUAUCCUCCGAGCCCACCCAAAUCGCUGCGAACCUCAGCAUUACCAAAUCAUAUCUGUUGGUUGGUGGACUGGGUGGCAUUGGACGCGCUGUGGCGAAUUGGCUUGUCGAAAAAGGCGCUCGGCACCUGAUCUUCCUCUCGAGGUCGGCAGGUCGUCUGCCAGAUCAUCGCCGUUUCGCUUGUGAACUAAAACGGCAGGGCUGUGAGGUCGUGAUGGUUUCUGGGGAUGUCUCUCGACCGGAGGAUAUCACAAAGGCUCUGUCAAGAGCUGCCGGGCGGGUAAUUGGAGGCGUGAUUCAAAUGUCCAUGGUGCUUCAAGAUGAAAGCCUUGCCAAGAUGACGCACAGUCAAUGGCUGCAAGCCACUCAACCCAAGGUUGAUGGCACGCACAAUCUGCAUCGGGCGUUAGAAGUGCACGAACCUGGCCUUGACUUCUUUGUUCUGUUUAGUUCCAUGUCUGGAGUAGUUGGCACCGUGGGCCAAUCAAAUUAUGCGGCAGCUAACUCUUUCCUUGAUGCAUUCGUAACGUAUCGUCGCCAGCUAGGACGCGUCGCAUCCGUUGUGAAUCUCGGCAUAGUGGAGGACAUCGGGUGCGUGCAUCAUGAUCAGCCCACGCUGAACCGUGUGAAGUCCACAGGAGCCCGUCUUAUCCGUGAGGACGCCGUCAUCGAUGCACUUCAUGCAGCCAUUUUGCCCUGCAGGUCGCCACCAGAUUCGGCAAAAUUCACAUCAAGUGUGAUGAUGAUUGGCGUGAACUCAGUGAAGCCUCUCUCCGCGCCCGGUGUGACGCCUUUGUGGGGCCCUGAUAUCAGGUUCUCCAUGUAUGAGAAUCUUCAGGGACAGACAAAGCGAGGGCCUCAGAUGGACAAGACAGAUCUGAAGGAAUUCUUUACGAUGAUUGAGCAGAGUCCAGAUCUGCUAGAUGACCCGGCCACGGAGGUGCGCAUUAUGUCCGAGCUGUGCAAGCUGAUCAACGCCCAUAUGUCUCGCGACGAGAGAGAGAACGACGACAUGGCCAGUAUUCCCAUCGAUUCAUUGAUGUCAAUCGAAAUUCGGAACUGGUUUCGUAGACAACUAGGAAUGGAGAUUAGCUUAACGGAGAUCUCGAAAGCGGGAACUGUUGGGGGGCUGAGUCGGCUGUGUGUGGCUACCCUCAAUGAGAGGUACGCCGUGUCCAGCAGAGAUACGGAAACCCAUAAGGAACAAAGUUGA